CCCCGACGGAGGCGUCUACAACCCCCUCAAGCAGCCCAAUUAUGAAACCUGUAGCUCGGGACCUGAGACCGCCCAGACACCACUCUUCACUGAGGAAUCUACAACCUUCCAAGCAGCUCAGUCUCCCACAGACACAGCUACAGGGCCUCUUGCUUCUUCUCCUCCGUCCUCCACCUCACUUCACUCCCCUUACAGCACCAUCCCUAUGUUCAGCAGCAGCUCUACUGCCCACCCUCCGUUCACCAGCAUACACCCUACUUCCAUGAGGACUCAAUACACGUCUUUGCCACCAAGCAACUGCAAGAAUGGAAAGUGGAAUGGAAGACAGUGUGAAUGCAAGUCAGGCUACACUGGUCAGCUCUGUGACUCCAUCCUGUAUUCCUUCCCAGUAGAAAUCCCGAAUGUUAUCAACGCUACAGUGACCAUGAUGGUAAAAGUGACUCACCGGAACUUCACAAGUGACUUAAAGAACACAUCCUCUGAGGCCUACAAGAACUUCCAAAACCUCUUCCUGAGCCAGAUGGAUAAAGUUUACGAGGGCGAUGACCUUCCCCAGUACAAAGAAGUGAUCAUUAAAGAACUGCUCAACGGCAGCAUCGUGGUGGAAAGUGAUGUCAUCCUAGAAGCAAACUACACCCCAGAGUAUCAGACACUGUUCAGAAACCUCACGAAGAUUGUGAAGGACAAGAUCAUAAAGGAGACCAGAACAUAUGAAACUGACAUGUCCCUUUGUCAAAACUCCAAACUGUGCUACAAUGGUAACUUCACCACUGUGGGUGUGGAGACUCCUAAAGUUCAGCUUCAACCCUGCCGAAGGCUGCCGAGGACUUUGGCAGAUACUUCUACCCGGAGCUUGUGGAGGGGAAGGUUGACCUGCGUGAACAAUUGCACUCAGGGGACAAAGUCACAACUCAACUGCAACCUGGGCCAGUGCCAGCUGCUACGCUCAGGGCCCCAUUGUGUGUGCCCGAACACAGACACCCACUGGUACUGGGGGAAGACCUGCACGUCUAGAACCAGCAAGAGACUUGUGUAUGGACUCGUGGGCACCGGGCUGGCAGUGCUGCUGGUUCUAGUGGUCUUGGCUGUCUUCCUUAGUCGAGCCCAGAAAAAACAACACAGGGCAAAAUACGACCCAUCUCAAGCAUGGCGGAGAGAAGCCCUCCCUGGAACCUUCCAGAGCACAGGUGUCUGGGAAGACCGGGAUCUGAAAGAGGACAAAUUUGGCCUGGAGAAAGGGUACAGACACUUCCAGCCAAACCUGCAGCAUGUGGACCCCAAUACUAAGCUCAACUUUCAGAGGCCCAAGGCGGUGAAAUCAGAAGCUCCCUGAGAACAACAGUGUCUACCCAUCAUGCCCCAUCCAGAUUUAGACACAGGUAUUCCUGGCUGGUUAAGACGAAGCUGACACCAGGUCCCAAAGCUUUGAGUGUCUAAUCUAAGGUGACCAGAGUUGGUCCAUAGGUCAUUGCCAGAAGACUGGAGCAAAGAGCCAGGCGCCACCUCCUCCUCAGCGUCACCUCCAUGUUCGGAAGCCCAAGGUCUCUGAACACUCUUGGCAUCUUUAUCUUUGUGUAGGUUCCACCCUGCUCUGGAAUUUCCCUAUCAAUAAAGCUCUUCAGUGCAGAACCUUAA